GACGCAUACGAGCAGGUGUACUCACAGCGGCGCCAGACGCUCCGUCGCUGGAUGGUAAAGCAGGUAGAAUGGGAGACACCUAUCCUCGCCUCCAUCCAACAGCGCCUGCGCACGCCCCUGCUCGAUAAAUUCUUCAUCCUGACCGGCAUGCUAGGCAACCAUGCGUUCUUUUUCCUGGCGCUCCCGUUCCUGCACAUACUGGGACUGGGAGCGUUUGCACGCGGUGUGACCAAUGUUGUCCUGCUGUCGGUGUACUUGAGCGGCGCUGUCAAAGACUACAUUAGUGCGCCGCGGCCGGCCAGCCCGCCGCUGGUGCAGAUUACGCGGAGUCCUGCACACACAUUCGAGUAUGGGUUCCCGUCAUCGCACACGACAUAUGUGGUCGGCACGAUUAUGUAUACUACCUGGUUCAUGUACCACGCAUGGAAUGUGCAUGUUCUCUGGAUCUCCGUGCUGUGGGCGUUUGGCGCGAGCAUUGUAUUUGGCCGCAUCUACUGCGGGCUCCAUUCGUUUGUUGACGUAGCUGGAGGCGCACUAAUCGGCACAAUCGAGGCCUUGGUGUUGAUUGCCUGCAAUGAUGUCCUGGACUCACUGAUUCUGUCGUGGAGCGGCCCGCUGUAUAUCUGCGGCGCCCUGUACUUGGCACUGUCGACGAUUCCACGGUCGCUCGAGUUGUGCCCGUGCUGUGUCGACACAUUCUGUGCUCUGUCGGUUAUUGCAGGUGUUUAUGUCGGCAGCUGGGCCUACGCACUUGUAUCGGCGCAUAUUGGAAACCCUGACCCCACACAUAUUGCCUGGAGCACGUCGCUGACGCUGGCACAGAAUCUCAUUCGCAGUGUAGUGUGCAUUGGUGCGAUUGUCGCAUGGAAGGCAACGUCAAAGCCGAUGGCCAUCAAGCUUGUC